CAGGAGUCUAUAGACGUUCUAAUAAUAGAAAUAAAAAUAAGAAAUACAGUAAAAGAAGUAACUCAUUUGGUAGCUAAAAACAACAACAACUGUUACAAUCUUCUUACAUUAGCUACAUAGAUUAGACUGAAAAAUACAAAACAAAGCCUCCAAUUAUUAAAAAUAAAAAAUAAAAAAAGUAAAAACAUGCAAAAGAGGAAUUUCAGUCCCACAUGAACUCUACGAACUCCCGAACAAAGGGGAAAACAUCAAGAAGAUGGGUUUGGGAAGCAGAACAAGCCACUCAAAUUCCUCAGCAGCCAGCAACAUGAAAGCCCAAAAUACCACCACCAACAUCACCAGCAAGGCCAUUGCCCAAUACAAUACAGAUGCCAGGCUCUUAGCUGUUUUUGAGCAAUCAGGUGAGUGUGGCGAAUCGUUUGACUACUCUAAAUCUCUUAAAUCUGCUACAGAAUCUGUCCCUGAAGAACAGAUCACUGCCUAUCUCUCCAAAAUUCAAAGGGGUGGCCUUAUCCAGCCCUUUGGUUGCAUGCUUGCAUUUCAAGAAUCUACCUUCAAAAUCAUAGCUUACAGUGAGAAUUCAAUUGAUUUGUUGGGUCUUUUGCCCACCCAAAAUCCCAUUCCAGAUUCCCAGUUCUUGGGUCUGUUGGGUGUCGACGCCCGCUCCAUCUUCACCCCUUCAGGUGCGUCGUCUCUUGCCAAGGCUGCAGCUUCCAGAGAGAUAUCCCUGUCGAACCCCAUUUGGGUCCACUCCAAAAUCACUGGGAAACCCUUCUAUGCAAUUCUACAUAGGAUUGAUGUGGGAAUUGUGGUGGAUUUGGAGCCCGCGUGGUCGGCCGAUCCUGCAGUGUCGAUCACUGGUGCCGUCCAGUCACAGAAGCUCGCUGUGCGGGCCAUCUCCCGGCUGCAGUCGCUCCCGGGUAGCGAUAUCGGCGUUUUGUAUGAUACUGUGGUUGAAGAAGUUCAGGAGCUUACUGGGUAUGACAGGGUUAUGGUUUACAGGUUUCACGAGGAUGAGCACGGUGAGGUCGUUUCAGAGAUCCGACGGUCGGAUUUGGAGCCUUACCUGGGCUUGCAUUAUCCGGCCACAGACAUACCUCAGGCGUCCCGGUUUCUGUUUAAGCAGAACCGCGUGAGGAUUAUCUGCAAUUGCAACGCGAAUCCCGUGCGAAUCAUCCAGGCUGAAGAGCUGAAGCAGCCAUUGUGCUUGGUGAAUUCAACACUGCGGUCGCCCCAUGGAUGCCACGCUCAGUACAUGGCCAACAUGGGCUCGAUCGCGUCAUUGGUGAUGGCCGUGCUGAUCAACAGCAACGACUCGAUGAAGCUCUGGGGGCUUGUCGUCUGCCACCACACCUCAGCACGGUACAUCCCUUUCCCCCUGCGGUAUGCAUGUGAGUUCCUCAUGCAGGCCUUUGGGCUGCAGCUGAACAUGGAGCUCCAGCUGGCAAUGCAGCUCGCAGAGAAGAAGACCCUCAGGACGCAGACAUUGCUGUGUGACAUGCUCCUGCGGGAUGCCCCAUUUGGGAUUGUGACCCAGUCGCCGAGCAUCAUGGACCUAGUGAAGUGUGACGGCGCUGCAUUGUACUAUGGUGGUAUGUGUUGGUUGUUGGGCGUGACCCCAACUGAUGCUCAGACAAAGGAUAUUGCAGAAUGGUUGCUGACGUAUCAUGGGGACUCCACGGGGUUGAGUACAGACAGUUUGGCCGAUGCGGGUUAUCCCGGUGCGGCUUUGCUUGGGGAUGCAGUCUGUGGUAUGGCUGCGGCUAGGAUUACGUCCAAGGAUUUCUUGUUCUGGUUUCGGUCCCACACAGCAAAGGAAUUCAAAUGGGGAGGGGCAAAACAUCAUCCGGAAGAUAAAGACGAUGGUGGGAGAAUGCACCCACGAUCGUCAUUUAAGGCCUUUCUAGAAGUAGUGAAAAGCAGCAGCUUGCCAUGGGAGGUUCCAGAGAUGAAUGCCAUUCAUUCACUGCAGCUUAUUAUGCGGGGUUCGUUUCAGGAUAUUGAGGAUAGGGGUGCAAAGACGAUGAUUAGUGCACAGCUUACUGAUUUGGAGAUGCAGGGGAUGAAUGAACUGAGUUCUGUUGCGUGCGAGAUGGUUAGGCUGAUUGAGACAGCAACGGCACCGAUUUUCGCUGUUGAUUCUGGUGGGUUUAUCAAUGGGUGGAAUGCAAAGGCAGCAGAAUUGACAGGACUGCCAGCUAAUGAAGCUAUGGGGAAGUCGUUGGUUCGUGAUCUUGUUCAUGAGGAGUCCCGUGAAGUUGUUAAAAUUCAUCUGUCCCGAGCUUUGCAAGGUGAAGAGGACAAAAAUAUCGAGUUAAAGCUGCGGACUUUUGGUUUGCAGCAGCAAAAUCCAUCUGUAUUUAUCGUGGCCAAUGCAUGCUCAAGUAAGGAUUACAUGAACAGUGUCAUCGGAGUGUGCUUUGUGGGUCAAGACAUCACAGGGGAGAAAGUUGUUAGGGAUCAAUUCACCCGCUUGCAAGGCGACUACAAGGCCAUCGUACAGAGUCUUAAUCCAUUGAUACCACCCAUAUUCGCUUCGGAUGAGAACACCUGCUGCUCUGAAUGGAAUGCUGCAAUGGAAAAGCUAACGGGUUGGUCUAGGGCUGAGGUUAUCGGAAAAAUGCUUCUUGGAGAAAUUUUUGGAGGCCUCUGUCAAUUGAAAGGUCAAGAUGCACUGACAAAAUUCAUGAUUCUCUUGUACAGUGCGAUCGGUGGACAGGAUACCGAGAAGUUCUCCUUUUCUUUUUUUGAUAGGAAAGGGAAGCAUGUGGAGGCGCUCUUAACUGCAAAUAAAAGGAUUGAUGCACGCAGUGAUAUUGUCGGAUGUUUCUGUUUCUUGCAGACUGCAAUCCCUGACCUGCAGCAAACGUUAGAAGUGCAAAGGCAGCAGGAUAUGAAGUGUUUCACGAGACUUAAGGAGUUGGCAUACAUUAGGCAAGAGAUGAAAAACCCAUUGAAUGGAAUACGGUUCACUCACAAGCUCUUGGAGACUACGGGCAUUUCAGAUGAGCACAAGCAGCUUCUUGAGACUAGUACAGCUUGUGAGAAGCAGAUGAUGAAGAUCAUAGAGGAUAUGGAUUUAGAUCGUAUUGAUGAUGGGGCUAUGGAUCUAGACAUGGCUGAGUUUCUCCUCGGAGGUGUAAUGGAUGCCAUUGUUAGUCAAAUGAUGCUUUUAUUGAGGGAAAAGAAUCUACAGCUGAUUCGUGAGAUUCCGGAGGAAAUCAAAACAAUGUCUCUCUAUGGCGAUCAAAUUAGACUUCAGCAAGUUUUGGCAGAUUUCUUGCUAAAUAUAGUGCAUCACACCCCAUCCCCAGAAGGCUGGAUAAAAAUUGAAGUGGCACCGAGUUUAAGGCUGAUAGAUGAUGGUGUUGAGCUUGUGCAUUUGCAGUUCAGAAUGACUCAUCCUGGUCAGGGUCUUCCCUUGGAGCUUGAGCAAGACAUGUUUCACGGAAGUCAGUGGGCCACGCAAGAAGGGCUCGGGCUAAGCAUGUCUAGGAAGCUUCUCAAGAUGAUGAACGGCCAUGUUCACUACGUCAGGGAACCCACCAAAUGCUACUUCCUCAUCAGCAUCAAACUUCAGAUGAAUCGGAGAGACACGAGGGCCCCAAACUAGCUUCAAGCAGGCGUGUGUGUAAAUACAAGACUUACCAAAGUCCUGCAGCUUGAUGGACUCAAUGGCUCUGAUCGAACAGAUACUCUGAGCCCCUAUAAUUCACUGUACUUGGGUUUAUCAGUAUUCUUCCCUUCCCAAUUUUGACAUUGUGAAGUCAUGGUGGGACAGGGAUUCAUAAUCAGUAGAAGCAUGUAACACAAUAUCUCGAGGGUAAGACAGCUGUUGUCGCUUCAUCUCUAUGACAACUGUAUAUUGCUAGCGUUGGUACAAAUGGUGUAUUUGUAGUGAAUGUGAAUGUAAAGUCCUAAGAUUUUCUUACACUUGUA